CAGCUUUUGAGAUAUCUCACGCUGGGGAACAUAGCUCUGACGGACAUUUGCAAUUUUGAUACAGAGCUGUGGUAAAGGUGAUAGAAAUUACUUAAGAGAAAUAAUGGAAGUCCACGAACUUAAAGACAUAAACAAUGGUGUGUGGUUUAUCUUUUUCAUCUUGGGCUUAGGAACUCUCCUACCUUGGAACUUUUUUAUGACCGCAACCAUGUAUUUUACCAGCCGUCUGAGAGACCCCUCCCAAAUGGAAGCCAUUUCAGUCAAUGUGACCAGUGGAGAAUGGCACCACCGUAGCCUUUUGGAGGCCAAGUUCAAUAACGUUAUGACGCUUUGUGCCAUGUUGCCUCUAUUGGCCUUCACCUGUCUCAACUCAAUACUGCAUCAGAGGAUUCCUCAGAACUUUCGGGUCAUGGGCAGCCUGGGAGUCAUUUUGGUGGUUUUUCUUCUGACAGCCAUCUUGGUAAAAAUAGAGAUGGCACCCCUUCCCUUUUUCACGUUGACCAUGAUCAAGAUUAUCAUCAUAAACUCAUUUGGAGCUAUCCUGCAGGGCAGUCUGUUUGGCAUGGCCGGCUUACUGCCCACCAAAUACACCACCCCCAUCAUGAGUGGGCAAGGCCUUGCAGGCACUUUUGCUGCCUUCUCCAUGAUAUGUGCUAUUGCAAGUGGCUCAGAGAUAAAUGAUGCUGCUUUUGGAUACUUCAUUACAGCCUGUGCAGUGAUAAUAUUGGCCAUAAUGUCCUAUGUGGCCCUCCAUAAACUGGAGUUCUACCAAUAUUACAAGAGUCAAAGUGGAAACAGGGUUAGCGAGACCAAGCUAGAUCUUCUUAAGAAAGAAAAUGCUGCAGAGAAUAAACCAGCUUUUAACCAAGCGGAAGAGAAGCAAACUGUGUCCAUGUUGAACAUUUUCAAGAAGAUUUGGGUCUUGGCUCUCUCUGUGUGUUUUGCCUUCACCAUUACCAUUGGAACCUUUCCUGCAGUCACUGUAGAUGUCAAGUCUACCAUUGCUGAUGGAGGAGCUUGGGAGUUGUACUACAUCCCGGUGUGUUGUUUCUUGCUCUUCAACCUCAGUGACUGGGCAGGAAGAAGCCUAACUGCUGUGUGUAUGUGGCCUGGGAAAGACAGCAAACUGGUGCCCAUUCUUCUGGUGGCCCGGGUGAUCUUUGUGCCACUCUUCAUGCUAUGCAAUGUUCAGCCCCGCCUCAACCUGCCUGUCUUCUUUAAACACGAUGCCUGGUUCAUUGUGUUCAUGAUAUUCUUUGCCUUUUCCAAUGGAUACCUGGCCAGUCUCUGCAUGUGCUUUGGGCCCAAAAAGGUUUCACCUCAUGAGGCAGAGACAGCUGGAGCCAUUAUGGCCUUCUUCUUGUCCCUGGGUUUGGCUUUGGGAGCUUCCCUCUCAUUCCUCUUCCGAGGCCUGGUCUAACAAAACUGAGAAGGAAUUUGUUUGACAGCUUGGAAUUUGUUUGACGACUAACCAACAUAAAAAAAAGUGUUCAUUUUUACACAUUUUCCAAAAGGAAAUUCAUAUUAUAUGCAAUAAUUCCUUUUGAUGAUGUAGCAUUCCAAAUUUAAUCCUUAUGAUGCAGACUCAUUAUUAAUCUGACAUCCCAGAAUGAAGCAAGUAAAACAUAACUUAAGUCUAACAUAAUUUCUGAGUAUAAAUGACAAUUUUUCACAAAAAUCUUUGUUUAUUAUGUAUGUACAGGCAUUUGCAUGCAGUGUAUAAUAAAAUUGUUAGAACUUAGAAUGUUAUUUACUGCCUUAUUUCUAAUAUACAAACAGUAUUUAAAGGAGGACAAACAGUUAUUCCUUUGCAUGUGUGUGAUUGUUUUGAUGUACGGGAGGUUGUAACAGAUUUAAAAUGUUUGUGAUAAUCUAUUUGAGAUUAUUUGAGCUACAGCUCUACAUUUAAAAUACAAACAGCUUACAUCUGCUACAAAUAAGUAUAGGUAUUCUCUAUACAAUCAAACAGUCAAGGUGUGACUUUGUAACAUUUCACUCCAUGUAUUUAUAACAAGGUACCCCACGUUCAGGGUCAGCUGUAACAGCACUUGGGGAAAAUUAUAACCGCUUGACAAAAAUGUAUAAAUCAUGACAUGAACCUUUAUUGAGAACAUGAAAACAACAUUGGCAUGUUUACAUUUUGUGCGACAGACAAAAUAAAAUAUCCA